GUCCACAGGCCUGACUUUCCGAGAUAAUUACCCUUUAUGACUACCAAGCCAUGUGCAGAGCCAACAAGGAGAGCAGCGACAGCGCCCACAGACUCCUGGAUCCUUACAAUGCCUUCCUCUCUGCUGUGAAAUGGAUAAUGACAGAACUUGUCUUGUUCCUGGUGGAAUUUAACCUCUGCAGUUGGUGGCACUCUGACAUGACAGCUAAAGCCCAGAAACUGAAACAGACCCUGGAGCCCUGUGAUACUGAAUAUCCAGCUUUUGUGUCUGAGCGCACCAUCAAGGAGACCACAGGGAACAUUGUUUGUGAAGACUGCUCCAAGUCCUUUGUCAUCCAGCAAAUCCCAAGCAGCAAUCUGUUCAUGGUGGUGGUGGACAGCAGCUGCCUGUGUGAGUCCGUGGCCCCCAUCACCAUGGCCCCCAUUGAAAUCAGGAGAAUGCAAGGGAGUGUGGGGGUGCGCCGCGUCUCCAGGCCAAGGUGGCCCUUCUGCCCUCUCUGCUUUUGAUACUCUUCUCCAGGUGACACCGACCGAGUACUCCCUUGGCAUGCUAAAUCAUGGAUAAACUGUGAACCAAAACAUGGUGCGGCGUAGGAGACCUAAAAUGUAAUCCAACCAUCAGCAUCUCAUGAUUUUAAACUGUGCGUGAUAUAAACUCAAACAGAUGUUGACAGAAA